AUGCCUCGUGGGUUCCUGGUGAAGAGGACACGCCGAGACGGCCCCAUCUCCUACCGGAUCAGAACACUGCAGGACGACCCACUGACUGCACCGCUCCCCAGCGGAGUAGUUCUACCCUCAGCCCAGAGGAAACUGCCCAGAGUGGGGGGGCUGCCAGAAUCCCGACCCCCAUCCCAGAGCCCCCUGCGCUUGGUAAGCACUGCUCUGUUGGCCAGUUGCCUCGAUCGGGGCCUGAACUCCGGAUCGCCAGCGCCAGGUGAAUCUGCUCCGGCGUGUGCCUCACAGUCUCCUGGCUUGGGUUCGGCCUGCGCUGUGGUGAAGCAAGCAAACCCCCUGCCUAAGAGAGUUGGCUUGGGUCCCAGGGAGGGCUCCCCAGAGGCAGUGGUCUUGCUGGGUGCCUUUGUCUGUCAGCUCUGCCAGGAAUCCUACCCUGGCCCACUUGCCCUGGCCCAACACUGCUGCUCCCGCAUUGCCCGGGUUGAGUACCGCUGCCACGAAUGCAGCAAGACCUUCAGCUGCCCAGCCAACCUGGCUUCCCACCGUCGCUGGCACAAGCCCCGAGGUAGCGGGCACAACGUAGAGGGAACCAAGGAGAACGAGAGUCCCGAGGCAACCGACAGUCCCAGUACACCACACCCAGGCACUGUGGAGGGCAGCUACCGUUGCUCUCAUUGUCCCAAGCGGUUUCGGCGCCGGGCGUACCUAUGCAAGCACUUGGCUCUGCACACCAUCACCGGGCCGGUGCUGUCCGAAAGCCAGCGACUCCACGGCAAUCUCACUCCUCUAUGCGCUUCCUGGCCAAAGAAGUCGUCUUAG